AAUUUUGUAUUCUUUUCCUUUGUAAGCUCCUUCUUAAAAAUCGCUACUAAAGAAUAUCAGUUUAAUAUAAAAGGAUGCUUAAUUUGGAAUUAACAUCAAAAACUUAAAUUAAACCAAACCAUGAAGAACUUUGUCAUUUUAUUUUUCCUGUUCACCGUUCUUACUGCUGUUGUUCAUGGAGCUCGGCGAUGUGACUACAAAUGCACCAAAUCAGAUGGUAAUGUCUGUGCUAAUAAUGGAAAAUGCAUUCACUUGUUCCCAAGUCAUUGUCAAAUGGAAAAAUACAAUUGUUUGUUUCCCCAAAAGGCUUUCCGUAAAAUAGAAACAUGGAAGUGCAAUGAGAAUUCAAUGCCGUUGUGUGCUGUUAGUGAUUUGUAAAAGAUACAAUUUCUAAAAUAAAAAAUAUUGCUGACAAAUAAAAAUGCCAAAAACUUAAAGUUUGUAAAA